GCAUUUUAAGCACUUUCGGCGUUCCGUUUGGAGCGUGAUUGUUUCGUUCGUCAUAUAAGCUAAGUUGUGCUAAUAAAACGUUCUUUUUGGAGCAAUUUGAUAGAUCAGUUAAAGUAUCGAAUUGCUGAAUAAAAGCGAUGUAAGUAUUAUUGUAUUUCUCGCCGUCUCUCAGGUAUAACGGCGAUGCGUCAUUGUUAGUUUCAUUGACCUACUUCUGUUUCAGCCGCAUGGCUACCAGGGUUUAUAUUGGGAGACUGCCUUAUGGCGUACGCGAAAGGGAUGUCGAAAAAUUCUUUAAAGGUUACGGCAAACUUCGAGAAGUUUUACUCAAAAGCGAUUUCGGCUUUGUGGAAUUUGAAGAUCAUCGAGAUGCAGAUGAUGCUGUUUACGAACUUAAUGGAAAAGAAUUACUUGGAGAAAGAAUUGUAGUAGAGUUUGCUAGAAGAUCACCACGUGGGCCUCCUGACUGGAGAGAUGAACGCUACCGUCCACCACCAAGAAGACCCCCGCCAUCGUCAAGAGACCGUUAUGGUCCACCUACCCGAACAGAGUAUCGUCUGAUAGUGGAAAAUCUGUCGUCUAGAUGCAGCUGGCAGGACUUGAAAGACUACAUGAGACAAGCCGGGGAAAUAACAUAUGCCGAUGCCCAUAAGACACGUAGAAAUGAAGGAGUCGUUGAAUUCGCAAGCUACAGAGACCUAAAAACAGCCAUUGAAAAGCUUGAUGGUACCGAAGUCAAUGGGCGACGUAUUCGUCUGAUUGAAGAUAGGGGAAGAUACAGAGACAGAAGAAAAGUAGAAGCAGAAGCAGAAGCUCAAGAAGUAGAAGAAGCAGAAGUCGUAGAAGCAGAAGCACCAGAAGUCGGAGUCGUAGAAGCAGGAGCACAAGAAGUAGAAGUAGAAGUAGGAGCAGAAGUCGUAGGAGUAGAAGCACUAGAAGUAGAAGUAGAAGUAGGAGCAGAAGUCCAAGGAGUAAAUCAAGAUCAAGAAGUAGGAGCCACAGUAAAAAUCGAAGAAAUGGCAGCAGGGAUCACUCUCGAUCGCGCUCGAGAUCACCUUCUCGUUCACGUUCGAAAAGCCCCAUGA